AUGUUUUUGUCGGAGGCACGCUGCGAAAUCGGAAUGCGACCAUACAUUCAGAAGAAUGUGAAGCAGACUAUGGAGGCGCCAUCAAUGCAAACAGCAUGGUCGUCUCUGGUGGGAAUGUCACCAUCAUGGAGUCUAAGGCUCAAAGCGGAGGUGGAGCGGCUCCUGCGUAAGGUGUUCCUGGCCCUGAUCGCCGCCAUGCUCCCGGUCACUUUGUCGCCCGCCCCUCAGAUGGCAGCCGUGACUUUGGUUCUCAUCGCAUCCUUGGCGGCGCACCUGUACUUCUGGCCAUACCAGGCAGAUGCCUGGAACCGGGCAGAGGUCCGGCUGCUGCUCGUGAGCCUCACCCUCACUGGCCUGACCACCUGCCUCAUCGCCAACGACCUCCACUGGGCGAAGUCCACGUUGACGCAGCACGCCCUGGUCUUCGUGAUCUGCUCCAUCGCCGGAGACACCUGGCUGCUGCAGCCUAAAUCCCAAGCCAUCCCUCCUUCCCGUCUUCCAGAAGCACUUCAUGAAGGGCAGCAUGGCAGCUUGACCGAAGCUCAGAGAAUCUGCAUCGUCAUGCUGGUCGCCUUCCUUUUGGCUUACAUGGAGGAACGGCGCGAGAAAGACAAGGCCGAGAAGGCGGAGGAAACCUGA